AUUAUGGCUUAUUUAUUACCUUUUGCCAUAUGCUUGGCCUUGUGUUUGGCCGGCUUUUCAUUAUACCGCUAUGGUAAUAUACCACGACAGCAUAUAAUUGUAACACUUUCGGUUUUGACGGCCUGGUGUUUUUCCUUUCUAAUUGUUUUUACCAUACCCUUGGAUGUGACAUCGACACUGUAUCGGCAAUGUGUACAAGAACACAAUAUCACAGCAAUAACAACACUAGCAUCAACGUCUGCCACUUUGCCCGCAGGCACAACUGUCACAAUACAUGCUCAACAUCAGCAUUCGCUGAAACGCAAUGACUCAUCCCCAACAUCAUUGUCAUCGUCAUCUUCAAUUAAUGCCUUGGCAUCUGCGAAAUUAGCAGAAUGUCAACAACCCUGGGGAAUGAUUCCCGAUGAAGUUUUCCCCAAUCUGUGGCGCAUCAUAUAUUGGAGUUCACAAUUUCUCACCUGGUUGAUAAUGCCUUUAAUGCAGUCGUAUUUGAAAGCAGGAGACUUUACGAUAAAGGGCAAAUUGAAAUCGGCCUUGAUAGAGAAUGCCAUUUAUUAUGGAUCAUAUUUGUUUAUAUGUGGCAUAUUGUUAAUAUAUAUUGCGGCCAAGGGCGUCUCAUUGGAUUGGCAAAAAUUGAAGGCUAUAGCAUCGUCAGCAUCGAAUACAUGGGGUCUGUUUUUGUUGGUGUUAUUGUUGGGUUAUGCCCUGGUGGAGGUGCCACGGUCAUUGUGGAACAAUGCCAAACCAGGCUUUACCCUUCAAUAUGCCUAUUUUAAAGCAGCAAAAUUGAGUGCCGACAAAGCCGAGGCUGAGGAGAAUGUUGAUGAUGUUUUGGAAUCGUUGGAGGGCAUAACACGAUCGAUACCCAAUAACCACGAAUUACGUGAAUGUGUGGAAACAAUUCUAAGAAAAGUACCCACUGAGCUACGAGAAAGAGCUGCACGUAACUAUUCGCGGGGUGGCAAUGGUGGUGGCACCUCCACCAUAGUUCCAUCCGGAAAAGCAUUGGUACGUGUGCAUAGACAAGUGAUAAAAUCUCUGCAAACAUUGCAACGCACCGAAGCCCUAUGGAGUGUACAGGUGGAAAAGGUUUUGUAUUUGGAAGAUGUGUCGAGGAAUAUGCAUUCAUCGGAUAGACGUUUCAAGGCGGAGUUUACAAAACCCCGUUCCCAAAUGGGACGAUUCUUUUAUUCUCCCACAUUGCAUUGGUAUUGGGCAUGUGUGUUGCGCAGCCCUUUGCUCAAGUCUCUGUGUGUGAUCACGGCCAUUAUGUCCGGCAUGGUGGUGUGGAGCGAGCUGACAUUUUUCCAACGUAAACCGGUCUUAUCGAUCUUUGCCAAUGUCAUCAACGUGGCCAAGCAUGGCUAUGAUUUCCUGACCAUCGAAGUGUUUUCAAUGAUUGUGUUGUGCUACCUCUUCUAUUGUACUUAUUCGACGAUAUUGAGAAUACGUUUCCUGAAUCUCUACUAUUUGGCGCCGCAUCAUCAGACCAAUGAACAUAGUUUGAUAUUUAGUGGCAUGUUGUUGUGUCGCCUCACCCCGCCCAUGUGUUUGAAUUUCUUGGGCCUCAUACACAUGGAUUCGCAUAUUAUCAAGGAACGUGUCAUGGAGACCUACUAUACCCAAAUUAUGGGUCACAUGGAUGUUAUUGGCAUUAUAUCGAAUGGUUUCAAUAUCUACUUUCCCAUGUGCAUGUUGGCCUUUUGUUUGGCCACCUGGUUUAGUUUGGGUUCACGGGCCCUAAAUGCAUUGGGUUUCCAGCAGUUUUUGCAAAAUGAAACAAUUGCCACGGAAUUGGUACAGGAAGGCAAGGACCUAAUUGCCCGUGAGAAGAGACGGCGUCAACGGGCCGAAGAGGCCAUGAAUCGGAGAAGGGAGUUUUCACGAAACAAUGAGGCAAUAACCGCCAAUAUUUAUGUCAACAAAUAUGGAAAUUUGAAUGCCAAUAAUUCGUCAUCAACGACAACAACGGGUGGUGGCGGAGGGGUUGGUAGUCGCGUGGGUGCAAAUGUACCCUCUGAUGAUUUAAUACGUAAUGGUGAUAAUUUGCGUUAUGACACCUUGCCACGAUCCCUGUCUGAUGAAUUGAAGGAACGUUUUGGGGUUAGCACUGAGGCCCAUGUGGCGUUUAAGGGCCACCAACCAUCAACGAACUCCCGUUACAAUGACACACUGGCGUCUAGAGGCGGUUUGUCGGAUGAAAUCGGCAGUCGUUUUGGUCGGAGCACUCAAGUACAACCACCUAAUACCAGUCAUUAUCGUUUGGAAUUUGGUGAUUAUGAAGAAGAUGAUUUCAUGGCCACCUCGGGAUCCAAUCGCAUAGAACCACCGCGGGGACUGUUCGAUGAUGUGUAAAGGAAACGAGACAGAAGGAUAACACAUACACACACAUUUGCUCUCUCUCCCUCUCUCGGUCGUUAGCUCAGUUCUUCAAUGUGGAGGGUGGUUCGUCCUCCCCUGCAGCUGUUCCAACUAAAUUUGUUAGUCACAAUUAAUUCAAAAUAUAUCGUCUAGUUAAAUAUUAAUUACACACCAAUACAAUCACUCACACACAAACACACACGGAUAAACACAUGAAUUGCUUUGCAGAAUUUCAUUGCCCACUGUAGCACCACUUUAAAUUGAUGGCCUUAUCAUAGAUUUUUUUUUGUUUUGUUUAUUUUUUUUAAUCAGUGGUUGCUGCUCUCUAGCCAUUAUGAUCGAUCAUUUGAUUUAAGCAUAUACAUAUAUAUUUAAUUUAAUAUGUUUAAUAAUUAUUGUAAGAAGUAGUUUCUUUUUAAGCAUUUUGAAACCUACUUUGCAUUAUUUGAUGAAUAGUUUAUAUAUUUAAGGAAGCCGUUGUUGCUUUGAAUUUAUGCCUCAUAGCAUAUAAUUUUUAUUUAUUAUUAUCAUUAUUUUAUUAAUUUAUAUUUUUUAAUAAUUAAUACUAACCUAUUUUUAUGAUUACUGGGGCUUGUUGUGGAAUUAGAAAUCAAUUGUCAAGAGAAGGCAAGAGGGCGAGAUUAAGGAAAACACAUUUGUCUCUGCGAUGAUGAUGAUUGUAAGUUUCCUUUUCGAGUUUGUAUUGUUUGAAUGCCAACUUUGUUGGUAUGCCAAUGUCUUGGUAGCAUUUAUGGUUUCCACAACAAGAAGCUCUGUUUGUUUUUUUUUGGUUCACUGUAACAUUUGUUUUUCCUCAUUUCAUUUAUUUCGAAGCCAGGUUCAAUUACUUUAAAUGGACAGUAUAGAGUUUUAUAUACAUACAUAUAUAUAAAAAACGUAAAUACAUAUAUAUAUAUAUUUAUGGAACACAAUUUGUUUAAGUAUUUAGAGUAAUUGAAAUAAAUGAUUCAUAUAAUCGAA